AUGCCAAACAUGGUCCAAAUUCGAGUUUUUGAGCUGCUCCGGUUGAUAAUCCGAUCCUCCUCGUAAGAAGCUCAGUCAAUUUUUCUCCUGAGGGAGGAAGGAGAUGCGCGUCAAUUAUAGGUCGCCCUUUUGUAAAGCCACCGUGUACACAUCUUUUUUCUUUCUCUUUUAAAUUUUCAGAACUAGCUAGUGCCUACGACUACGAUGGCCUAGCCUAGGGCGUAGCAUAGGCUAGUGGACCCAAACAGACUAAACCCCUCACACGACCCUAGAUGUACACACGUGCGGAUCAGCCACUGUCGACAGCCGGCGCCUCGCCGAUGCGUCACGCUCAUCACCGACGCUCCGUCAUUUGAAACGCAAAACCACCUCCACCACCACUCCUCAACCCACUCGAAGCGUGCCACGUUAUCAUCUCCCUUGAUGCCGACAAUGGACGACGGCACGGACACACCGCCGCCGGCCGCUGCGCUUCCGUCACGGCAGUCCCACCCGUUGCCCUUCCGCGAAGACUGCUGGAGCGAAGACGCCACCCACACCCUCAUCGAAGCCUGGGGCGACCGUCAUCUCGAGCUCAACAGAGGAAACCUCCGUCAGAAACACUGGCAAGAAGUCGCCGACGCCGUCAACGCCCGGCACGGCCACGUCAAGAAAGCUCGCCGCACCGACGUCCAAUGUAAGAACCGCAUAGACACGCUUAAGAAGAAGUAUAAGAUCGAGAAAGCUAGGGUUUUGGAGUCAGGGGGAACCCUAACCAGCCAGUGGCCCUUCUACGCUACCCUCGACGCGCUGAUAGGAUCCUCUGUUCCGGCGAAGAAGCCCUUGCCGCCGGUUAAUCGGAAAACCUCGCCGUUGCCCGUUCUGCCGCCAAUGGCAUUGAUUCCGGUCGGCCCACGUUCGAAAAGGCCGGCCACGGCGACGGCGACGGCCGCCGUCGACGACUCUUUCUUCCGUCAGAGCUUCUCCGCUGUUGCUGCUGCGGCAGCGGCAAUGGAGGCGGCGGAAGCGGGGGGUUCGGGAUCGGAAUCGUCGAGGUCGAGUUUGGGAAGUCGGCAGCGGGGCAGGGAGGGAGAGAGGGAGGGGUACAGGGAGCUGGCACGGGCGAUAGAGAGGUUUGGGCAGAUAUAUGAGAGAGUGGAGGGAGCGAAGCAGAUGCAGAUGAUUGAGUUGGAGAAACAGAGGAUGCAGUUUGCGAAGGAUUUGGAGUUUCAACGAAUGCAGCUGUUUGUGGACACUCAAGUUCAGCUUGAAAAAAUUAAGCGGGCAAAGGGAUCGGCCAGAGGCGACAAUUAUUUAUAGCUGGCAAUGGGGGAUGGCAAAAGUUAUGGCUGUUUUUGCUUGAAAACCAUGGGGGAUUUCAGUUUUUGCUCCUUCAAACACAUGGUCUAGCUAAUAUGGUGGUACAAGGUUGCUAGAGGUACUUUGCAGUGAACGUGGUUUCAUUGUCGUGGCAUCUGUGACAUCUUUUUAUGCUUAAAGCAUUGUCUAUUUAUCUUUUGUUUUCGGAAGUCCAGAAUUAUAAACAGAUAAUAGUGUAAACAUCUCUACUUACUAUAGAUUUAGCUGUUGUUUCAUAUGGUCAUUGUUCUUGUUAUUAUGAUUCACAGGUUCCAUUGCCUUUUAUUUUUCAUUUUUGGAGCUCCUUGUAAUUUUGCUCGCAUUUCUAAUUUCGCCAUUGAUUAGUACAUGUUUUAUUCUUGAGAAAAUUGGUGGUUGUUUGAACAAAAACUUGAACAUUCUUCCCCCCUCAAAUCUAUGAGAUUUGAUUUAGUAUUUCAUUAAUAUAAUGAAAAAGUAAACCUGCUAUUUGCAAA